UAACAAUCAAAAAAAUAAAAUAAAAAAAGAUGUCAACUAGAGUUUAUAUUGGUCGUCUUGCUCGUGAUGCUACUAAGCGUGAUCUCGAACGUUUGUUCAAGAACUAUGGAGAUAUCCGUGAGAUCAAUGUCAAGACAGGUUUCGGUUUUGUCGAAUUUGCUGAUGAAAGAGACGCUAAAGAUGUUGUUUAUGACUUUCACGGCAAAAACUUUCUUGGUGAAAGAUUAAUCGUUGAAAUUGCUCGCGGUGCUCGCCGUAACGAUGAGAGACGUAACAAUGGCAACGAUCGUCGUCGCUCUCACUAUAGAUUGAUUGUGGAGAACAUUGCUUCUGGCACUAACUGGCAGGAUCUCAAAGAUAUGAUGCGCAAAGCUGGUGAAGUCACUUUUGCCGAUAUUUCUCGUGAGCGCUCAUCCGAAGGUAUUGUUGAAUUUGCUGUACGUGAUGAUAUGGAAUACGCUCUUAAAAAGUUGAAUGAUCGUGAAUUAAACGGUCAACGUGUUACUCUUCGUGAGGAUACUGGUCGUAGUCGCUCUUCUCGCCGUAGUCGCUCUCCCUCCAAGACCAGAAGCGUCUCACCUCCUCGUCGUCGUAGACGUCGUUCACCUUCUGUUUCUCGAUCUCGUUCUCCUCCUCGUCGUCGUAACCGUUCUCCCUCUGUCUCCAGAUCUCGUUCUCGUUCUCGCUCCAUGUCCAGAUCCAGAUCUCCUAUUCGUAAGAGAGAGAAACGUGAUGCUUCUGACCGCGAAGAUAGUCGUGAUGCCAGAGUCAAGUCAGAGUCCAGAAGUAGAUCUCGUUCUCCCGCUAGAUCUCCUGCCCGCUCUCCAGCUAGAUCUCCCCCUCAAUCUCCCGCUAGAUCCCCUGCUCGUAGCGAGGGAAGUCCUAUCAGAGAAGAUUAAAUUUUUUAAAAACGAAAAAAAAACAACAAAAAAAACUACAAAAUAAUAACAGAAUAUACAUGACAACCUUUUCUUUCUCUCUUUCAU